CAUCUGGCGACUUAUUUUAAACCCACAACCUAGGAAAGUUCAUUCAUUUCCGUUGUUUUUCAAAUUAAUUUAAAAAGAAAUUGGAGUAAUAACCAGUGUUUAAUGAUAAUUUGUUAUGGAGAAGUCCGAAUUGAGUCCCUUAGAUCCGAGCUCGUUUUCACGCCCUGAGCUUGCAGUUGUCACAAACAUCGCAAUAAACUUGAAUGUUAAUUUUGAUAAAAAGAUCCUUGCCGGAAGUGUUGAACUAACAGUAAAAAAGGUUUCGGAAGGUGUUACAGAAGUGGUCUUAGAUGCCCUUAAGCUGAAUAUAGCAUCUGUUUACAAUGCUGAAACAGAUGAAAAACUGAAAUAUGAGAUAUCAGAUCAUGUGCCUGAUUAUGGAUCAAAAUUCACCAUACAGUUGCCUGAAACAGAUAGAGAGAUAUUUAAAAUUGGUAUACAGUAUGAGACAAGACCUGAUGCAACUGGUCUUCAGUGGCUUUCACCAAAAGCUACUGCUGGAAAAAAGCAUCCAUAUGUGUUUAGUCAAUUUCAGCCAACUCAUGCCAGAUCAGUGAUACCAUGUCAAGACACGCCAGGUGUGAAAACCCCAUAUACAGCCACAAUAUCCGCUCCCCAAGAAUUUACGGUGUUGAUGUCAGCAAUUCGAGACGGCACUAAAGAGUUACACGGAGGAAAGCUGUCCCAUUUCGUUCAAAAGGUUCCAAUCCCUUCGUAUUUGAUUGCUUUGGCCGUUGGAGUGUUGCAAUCCAGGCAAAUUGGUCCACGGUCGCAUAUUUGGUCAGAAAAAGAAAUUAUCGAAGAAUGCGCCUAUGAAUUUUCAGAGACGGAACGGCAGUUAAAAACAGCGGAAGAUAUAUGCGGCGAUUAUGUUUGGGGCAUAUACGAUUUGCUGGUACUGCCGCCAAGUUUUCCUUACGGGGGCAUGGAAAACCCAUGUCUAACGUUCGUCACCCCUACUUUAUUGGCUGGCGAUAAGAGUCUGGCUAACGUGGUAGCUCAUGAAAUUGCUCAUAGCUGGACCGGAAACUUAGUAACCAAUCGCAAUUUCGAACACUUUUGGUUGAAUGAGGGCUUCACCAAUUUCAUAGAGCGCAAGAUUAAAGGCCGACUAGAAUCGCCCCAAUGCCAGGAUUUCGAGGCUUACAUUCACGUCAGCGAAUUGGAAGAAACGGUUAAUCGUAUGGGGAAAACCAAUCCUUUAACUCAACUGGUACUAAACCUCAAAGGGGUCCAUCCGGACGAUUCUUUUUCCAUCAUACCGUACGAGAAGGGCCAAACUUUCCUCAGGUAUUUGGAAGCUACAGUGGGCGGUCCAGAAGUUUUCGAACCGUUUCUAAAAACUUACUUCGACACGUUCAAAUAUAAAUCGAUCGAGACGAGCGAUUUCAAAUCGUUUUUCGAAAAUUAUUUUUCCGAAAAAACGGACAUUUCGUCAAUCGACUGGGACACUUGGCUCUAUAGUCCGGGAAUGCCUCCGGUCAUUCCCGAUUACGAUAAAUCUUUGGCGACGGCGUGCGACGAAGUAGCCGAAAAAUUCCUCAACUGGAACGGCGAAGAGUCGAUACCGAUAACGUCCAAAGACAAAGAAAAUUUUCGAACGGCUCAGCUAAUAUAUCUCCUUCAAGUUAUUUUACAAGCCCCGGCCCAACCGAUCGUAAAGCUGCAAGCUCUGAACGACGUCUUCUCUUUCGAUGGCGUUAAAAAUUCUGAAAUUAAGUUCAGAUGGCUGAGGAUUUGCAUUAAGUCCCAUUGGGAGGAGAAGGUCGAUACGGUAUUCAGUUGGAUCAACAUUAUUGGAAGGAUGAAGUUCGUGAGGCCUUUGUAUAGAGAUAUGUUCAGUUGGGAACAAAUGAGGAAAAAGACGCUGGAAAAUUUCAAGGCGAAUAGGCAGUACAUGAUGCACGUUUCGGCCUUUACACUGGCGAAGGACUUGCAUAUCGAAGACUGAUUAUAGUUUUUCCUCUAUAUUUUUCAUAUCCUAUGCGCAUGAAUCAGAGCUUUAUGAUAUCAACAGUUGAGUUUAAUUUUGUUUAUUAUUAUGAAUAUUUUAUUUGUUCUAAUAUAACGAUAAA